AUGUUUUUACCUGUUUCUGUCUUUCAGUUCUGUCAAGCUCAACAGAAGGAGAUUAUAAUGAACAUGCUGCAUGAGUUGUAUAACUACUUGUCAAUACAAGCCGGUAAUUUUGAGUGUGGAAAUCCUGAGAAUCUAAAAAGCAAAUGCAUUUGGAUUAGUGAAGCAAGGGAUCACGUGAUGAAUGUAACUGCUAGUUCACAUAAGAAGUUUGAGGCUGCCCUGGAAUGGAUACUGAAGAGUAGCAAGGAUUUAGGAAUAAGGCUGAGAGGCAGGGACCCUUCGGAGGCGGUGGAGGCGGUGCAGGAGCUGGUGUGUCUGGAGUCAGCCCACCCGCAGAUGGGGCUGGGCUGCCGGUUCCGCCGCGCCGUGGUCACUGCCAUCAUGAACCUUUUCCUGUUCUUCUGGGGUCUGCUGACUCUUUGGGGGAUCCUCAUCUUCUUUAAGUAUCGCUGGCGGAAGAUGGCAGAAGAGGAACAAGCCAUGUACGAGAUGGUGAAGAAGAUCAUAGCUGUUGUCCAGGACCACUAUAAGGAAUGGGAGCGGAAUAUGGAGCGUUACCCCUACGUGGGCAUCCUGCACGUGCGGGACGGCCUCAUCCCUCCGCAGAGCAGGAAAAAAAUGAAGCGGGUCUGGGACAGAGCUGUGGACUUUCUGGCUUCGAAUGAGUCGAGGAUCCAGACCGAGUCCCACAGGGUAGCAGGAGAGGAUAUGCUGGUGUGGAGAUGGACUCAACCUUCUUACCUCUCGGACUCAGAACACUAAAGAGGAGCAGAGGCCGAGCUGUUGAUGUGGAGCUUUGCAG